AUGUGUCACCAAGUUGUUUACAAUACUUAUUGGUUCAACGAGGACCAAAAAAGGCAAAUUGUCACGUUGCACAAUCAGUUACGAGCAUCUGAACCAGCAGCCGAUAUGCAAGAACUUGUUUGGGACGAUCGCCUUGCUGCUCUUGCACAUGGUCAUGUUCAACGAUGUGAUGCAUGGCAUCGAAGCGCUUAUGAAAGACGUGGACAUGGAUAUUCGUAUAUUGGUGAAAAUAUUUGGUGGUCCAAUGAAGCAUACCUUCGACACGAUCUCACUGGAGUUAUAAUGGACUUUUAUAAUGAAAAGCCAUUCUACAAUUAUGCAACAAUGCAAUGUUGGCGAGGUGCACAAUGUGGACAUUAUACGCAGAUAAUCUGGGCUAAUACAUGUGCUGUUGGAUGUGCUGCUGUUCACUGCAGUGGAAUACGUAAUGGUAGAGGAAUUUAUAGAGGGCAUAUAAUAGUGUGCAACUAUGGUGAAGGAGGCAAUGCGUAUGGCCAAAGGCCAUAUCAAAUGGGCGAAAGAUGCUCGAGAUGUGCGGAUGGAGGUCGAUGCACCAAUGAAAAUCUGUGUGCCCCGAGGUGCCACGGUGUGCGAUACGGUACACAAUAUCAAAUAACUCAUUUUCUACCCAAUGUAAAUCAGGCAAAUCGAAAUAUAAAGUUAGCAGGGCAAGCGACUCAGAAACAAGUUCCGUUAUAUCCAUAUGUAUGCAAGGAUAGUGAUCGGAAUUGCCAAACUUGGGCACAGCAUGGAGCAUGUGAGAAAAACAGAGCUUAUAUGAUUCUACAAUGUCCUGCAUCAUGCAAUGCUUGCACCCCAUGGAUAUCAACUGUUAAUCAAGCGAAAAUAUGUGCGGAUAAACAUCGAUAUUGUUCAAUUUGGGCAGAAAUCGGUGAAUGCAAUAGGAAAUAUCAAAAAUUUAUGACGGAAUUUUGUCAACGAUCAUGCAAUAUGUGUCGAAAUUCAAAAUCGGAAACAAUGACGGAAAAAAAGGAUAGGAAAUAA